ACACCGACUGAGCUAUCGUGCGUGCGCCCGCGCUGUUGUGUCGUUCCAAAUUCAAAGUUCCCUUAUUCUUUAUUAAACAAUCUAUAGUGCCAGUAUUUUAUGAGGUUUAAUUAAAACUUUUUUCAUUUAAAUUGAUUCUAUUUCUUAAUGUGACAAGUUAGAGUGCUUUGUUUAUAGAUGAAACAUAAAAAGAAGACUAUGUGAUCAUCGAAAGUGUAUUGGAUUAUAGCGAAAUUGUUUAGACUUGAGGAGGACUGUUCUAAUAUAUGACCGUAAAUACGAAUGACAAGCGGAAAUGACGAGAAAAUUUCUUUUUUGCUUCCCGCUGCGGAUGGGGAACGUCGUGUUUGGCUACAUUGUUAUUAUAAUAAGCAUGGCAGUGGUGGCAUUCAACCUUUAUCAACUCGGCUUGGCUGUAAUUUCGAAGGACGAUAAUGAACUAGAGGCAAAGUUCAGUAACUUCGACAAAUUGGAAAGUAUAUUUGGAGACGGGAAGAAGGAUCUUGUGAGGCUCAUAGUGAAAAUAUACUAUCUAACAUACGCCGUGAUUGGAGUGCUAUUGUUUUUGUUUGCAUCGUUGUUCACGUGUGGAGCUUACAAGGUUAACAACUGCCUCGUGACGACAUUCUUUGUGUAUAGUUUCUUUCAUUUGUUCUUUACAAUCGGUCUCAUAGUGUGGGAGGCUAUUACUGCAGGAUGGAUUCAACUAGGAUUAAUUCUGUUAUCGGAUUUGCUCCUCAUUAUUUGCUUGAUAAGCGUAAAAUAUUUGAUGGAAGCAAUCAAGAAUGGAAACAUUUACAGCAGACCGGGUGAAGAGGUUUACAAAUAUUGAUAAUGUGACAUGAACUGUUUUCUCGAAUGUGUCGAUUUGAUUCGGUAUUUAUAAUUAAGUAAACAUACAAAAAACAAAUAACAGUGCGGGAGUUAAAAAUAU